UAGUGAAGAAGCUGAAUGAGUGAGAGAAAGAAGAGAAGAGUCCAUGUAAAAUGUGAAAACUGCCAUAUCCUAUCAUCAUCAUUCAUCACCAGAUAAGGCAACUCCAAUCUUCAUUCAAUUUCAAUCUCCACUCCCCUCCCUCUGCAAUUCUCAAAAUGCUCUCCCUCUCACCAUGUCUCACUGCAAACACACUCACACUCAAAUCCCACUCCACAACCACCCACCGUACACCCCAUCACCUUAAACCCAUCUCCACCACCAUCUCCGCUUCCUCAAACCCAAGGCAGCAGCAGAAACAACCGCAGCAGCAAGUGUACCAACCAUUCCGGCCACCGUCAUCCCCUCUUCCACCCCACCUCAGAACCCUCGAUAUCCCGGGCCAAAUCGACAUCCUCGCCAACCGCCUCGGCGUCUGGCACGAGUACGCCCCAUUAAUCUCCUCCCUCAUCCGCGAAGGCUUCACCCCUCCCACCAUCGAGGAACUCACCGGCAUCACCGGCGUCGAGCAGAAUCGCUUCAUCGUCGCCGCCCAGGUCCGCGACUCGCUCCUCCAGUCCAACACCGACCCCGACUUGGUUUCCUUCUUCGACAACGGCGGCGCCGAGCUUCUCUACCAGAUCCGCCUCCUCAGCGCCUCCCAGCGCGCCGCCGCCGCGCGCUUCAUCGUCGAGAACAAGAGCGACGGAAAGGGCGCGAAUGAGCUCGCGCGCUCCAUGAAGGAUUUCCCGAGCCGAAGAGGGGAGAAGGGGUGGGAGUCGUUUGACUACAAUCUCCCCGGAGAUUGCCUCUCCUUCAUGUACUACCGCCUGAGCAGGGAGUACAACCGGAACCCCGAGCAGAGAGACUCCGUGCUGGAACAGGCGCUGCGUGUGGCGGAGUCUGAGAAGGCGAGGGACGCGAUUCAGAAGGAGCUGAAGGGGGAGGAUGUUGCGGAGGAAGGGGAAGUGGAUGCUGCGGAAGUUGCUGCGCUUGUUCCGGUGGUGAGGUUGAAGAUUGGUGAGGUUGCCGCAGCGAGCUCGGUGGUGGUGCUGCCGGUGUGUAAUGCGGAUGAAGGGGGUGAUGCCAUUUUGGAAGCGCCGUCUGAGUGUAGAACUGUUGGGGAGUUUGGUGUGGUGGUGGCGGAGAAAGGGUGGGAGAAGUGGGUGGUUUUGCCAGGGUGGGAGCCUUUGGUGGAAUUAGGGAAAGGGUGUGUUGUGGUGUCGUUUGUGGAUGCGAGGGUGUUGCCGUGGAAGGCGAACCGGUGGUACAAGGAGGAGCCUAUAUUGGUGGUGGCUGAUCGGAGUAAGAGGGAGGUGGGUGCUGAUGAUGGGUUUUAUUUGGUUAAGGUUGAGGAUGAUGGUGUUGGUUUGAAGGUGGAGAGGGGUUUGGGUUUGAAAGAAAGAGGUGUUAGUGAGAGUUUAGGGAGUGUAAUUUUGGUUGUUAGGCCUCCCAGAGAAGAGGAUGAUGGUCAAUUGAGUGAUGAAGAUUGGGAUUGAAAAGGAACAUGGACAGGGUAAUGGGUUGCUAAUUCAUGAUGCAAUUGGAGAUUCAUAUAGAAGAUUCUAUUCCUAUGGAUCUCUCAAUUAAGGAUUUGGAAGUUCAGUCAACUGAGCUUCAAUCCUUUGCCUUCCUUACCCUUUUUUGGGACAUGCAGGAUAUAGCAUUAUCAGAUGCAAUUUUCCUUUGUUUUGAAUACUUUAAUAGAAGGAUUCAAUCUUUUUUGUUCUCUCUUGUACUUUCUUAUCUUGAUGUAGUUAAAUAAUUUAGCCAAUCUUAUAACUGAUUUUUUUAUGGUUA